GAAUAACGCCCAUCGAUCGAUGCAGAGCUAAAAGCCACCGCGGGUUCGGAAUUGUGUGCGUAGCGCGUGUUUUGUUAUUAUAAACGGUUUUUGGUGAUAUCGCGCAGUUCGAGCAUCAUGCCGGAAAUGGCGCCGUCCACGGCGAAGGGUCCUUCGGCCGAGCGGAAGCUACUACCGGAGGCUAAUGGUAAGGGAUCGGCCGGCACCUUGCCCGACCAGACCGAACGCAGCAGGAAGAUCAACGAACUACGCAAGCUGAUCGAAGGUUAUGACGAUUGUGAGCGACGCAGCGAUGAUCUGUUUCUGUGCCGGUUCCUCUACUGUUGCGAUUGGAACGUGGAGGAAGCGUUCGCGCGCAUGGUGAAGCUCUUCAAGUUGAAGGAAGCGAACCCGGAAUGGUUCUUCCACAAACCGAUCGCCACCUACCGGGAGCUGCUGAAUCGGAACAUCAAGUUCGCGCUGGACCGUCGGGAUCGGCGCGGUCGCCGAGUGUUUGUGACGCGCCUGGGGGCGAUCGAUUUUUCCACCAUGGCCAUCACCGACCUGGCCAACCUGGACGACAUCUGGUUCGAGCUGAUGCUGAACGAGCCGGAAACACUCGACAGUGGCGUGACGUGUCUUAUCGAUAUGAGCGGCUACUCGCUGAAGGGGCUGCGGUUUCUAACGCCCCAGAACAUCCGCGUCGGUUCGGCGAAGGCCGAUUUGCUGCCGCUGAAAAACAUCGAGUUCCAUGUCGUUAAUUCGUCCGUCUUUAUGAACGCGGCCGUUGCCAUUCUGUAUCCGAUGUUGAGCAAGAAAAUCAAAGAAAGUGUCCAUUUCCACUACUCGAACUGGAGCUCGUUGCAUGAGUACGUGCCGGCUGAUAUAUUGCCCCCGGAGUACGGUGGGAGUGCGGGGAAAGCGUUCGAUUAUGAAACCAUCGUCCGGCAGGUGAUGGACCGGGCGGAUGAGUUCGAUCGGUUAUUGGCGUUCGGUGGAAAGGCGAUGGUACCAGUGACACCUCCGCUAACGUCGAGUGCGGCCAGUGGGGGAAAGGCGACGAAAACGAAGGGGAAACUAAAGGGUGUCGAUAAGAAGAAGAAAGGAGUGAAGGAAGUGCCGGUUGAGGAAUAGGCAUUCCGCUGAGCUAGGCUUUAAAUCGUAGGUUAAGAAGGGAUGUUCCAGAGAAGGACGUGGAGUGUUUUAUAAAAACAUUAACAUUUUAUGUUAAGAAAGGUGCAACGGACCGCUGUAGGUUUAUAAAUAUUGAAAGUAAAUAAAAUGGACAGUGAAAUG